AUGGCUGGUGGAACAGGCAAAGCCGGCGGCGCUGGUCGUGGUCGUGGCGGAAAGUUCAAGAAGUUUACCAGAGGUGGUGGUCACCACUUUUCUCGCGAUUUGAGACCCCUGGACGCCGAUGGCAACGAGGUCAGCAUGUGGAGCGCCGACAAACAGGAAGACUCGGACGAUUCAUCCGAGGAAGAUUCAUCAUCCGAGGAAUCUUCUGAGGAGGACUCUGACGAUGCUGGCCCGGCCAAGGCAGCCCCUACCGAGCUGACCAGAGAAGAGCGCAAGAAGCAGAAGGCUGCGCAAAAGGCUGCUGCUGUCGCCAAGAAGAACAAGGGUGUUGUGCAAGUUGGUGACCUUCCAUCCGACUCGGAAGAGAGCGACGAUGAUAUGCCCGCAAACCCGAACCACUCCAAGGCCGCCAGAAACAUGGCCAAGGAGCCGAGACCGGUUGAGGAGGUAACCGAGGGCGUGAAGAAGCUGACCACAUCGACCGCCGGCAUGAGCCGCAAGGAGCGCGAGUCCAUGGAAGCCGCACAAGCCAAGGAGAGAUACCGCAAGUUGCACGAGGCUGGCAAGACAGACGAGGCCAAGGCUGAUUUGGCCCGUCUGAAGGUCAUCAGGGAGAGGCGUGAGGCUGAAGCUGCGCGCAAGCAGGCUGAAAAAGAGGAGAGAGAUGCCCAGGAAGCCGAUCGAAAGAAGGAAAUCGAGGCAAAGGAGGCCAAGAAACGAGAAGCUGCUAUGGGCAAGCCUGCUAAGAAGGGCAAGAAAUAA